AUGUUCCCCGGGGACCCUGUUACAGAUUGUUAUACGACUCCCAACACUACUGGAGAACAUCAGCAAAACUCCAGGAGGAAGCGCCGGCAUCCUCCCACUUUCUCCCCCUCAAUCCCCUCUCCCGGGGCCACUCACACUUUUAGAGAAGAGCCGCGGCGCCGAGAAAGUGAGUUGGUUCCCUUCCUCCUUCGGACUGAGGCGGCAGCUGCGGAAGGCUCCGGCGCGGCUGCGGCUUCUGCCCGUCCAGGGCCACUUGUCCCGGGACAGUCAGGUUUGGGAGACUCCGAAUUUUGUUUUUGUAAAGUUUCCUCUGGGUGGAGGCUGCAGCCGGCCCCCCGGGUCCCCCCCGGCCCCGCCGCCCUCGGGACUGGGGCGGGGGAGGGGGGCUCUAAGAACUCCUCCCGGAGUCCAGCCAAGGAGCCGGGGGGCCGGCGACUGGCCAAGGGAGAAGACCCCCGGAGGGGGCUGAGGGGAGGGGAAAGCGGCGGCAGCAGCGGCAGCGCCCGGAGCUCAGCUCGCUGUCUCCCUCGCUCUGUGCGGGGCUCUCGCCUCACUCCAGAGAGAGGGGCGGGAGGAGAGCGGCGCCUGCCGAUGACGCAAGGAAGAGGAAGUGGGGAUCGGCGAGCGGGUGGGUGCGCCUCGGGCCGCGGGACUCGCAGCCGCCGCCGCCGCUGCCGCCUCUACGGCCGCGUCAGAACUGAAGAAAGGAAGGGGAGGAGCCGAGUCGAGCCUAAGCUGCCGCCCGAUCUUACCCCUGACCCGAGGGCGGCCUGGAGAGCUUGCUCUGUAGCAGUUUCCUUCGGGGCAGGUGGGGACUGCUCCUUUGGGAGGAAAGAGGAGGCCCAGGCCGCGCCUUCAGACAGCUGCGCGCACCACCCGAAGAUGAGGCAUUUGGCCCGACCCUCGAAAAGCCGGACUGAUCGAGGAGUUCCCGCACAGCCUGACCCGCUGCACCUGCUCCAGGGAGAGAGCGCCCCAACCUUCCCGUGGCGUGGGGUGAGACCCGGCAUUGGAUAACGUGUGGUCGGGACGAGCAAAUGUUUGAUGAAUGAAUGAAUGAAUGAAUGCCUCUCUCACGUGGCACUCGCGAAGCUCAGAGGAUAUGGUGGAAGUGCAAGUGCUUUGUAAACUACAGUGCAUUAUACAAAUGAGUUGUAAUAAAUUCCUUCCCUCCUCCUAGCCGUGAAAGGAAACAGGGGUGCGGCUUGAGUACAGUCACAACCUGAGUCUUUAGCGGACAAGGAGACGAAAUGCCGGGCAGAGGAAGGAACCCAUCCUCGUGCAGAUUGUUAGGAUGGCGGGAAGGAAGGAUUGGAAGGGAGCCAUCCUCUGGGAGAUUGUUGAAGGAUUUUUAACUGUCAGGGGAAGAAUUUAACAGUGCCUCACUUUUACGAAUGGUUCUUUCUUAUGGCUUGGGGCUUUCGAGAACUUCUGAUCUUGGUUCAUCAGUGUACGUUGUCAUCAAGAAAUGUUAGCCUGUGUUUCAGGUCUGACUCAAAGGUUAUUUUCUUUCUAAAAUAAAUGUUAUUACUAUUAUGCAGCUUUUCCUACAGAUGUUAUCCUGGAAAGGAAAGUCAAGGAAAAACUCAUGAAGUUUAAAGUGUAGUUCUCUAGGAAAAGAAAUUUAAGAUAAAAGGACCAGAAUCCUCAGAAAUCUGUCUUAAGUGAGUAGUAUGAGGAAAAGAUUAAAACAGCAGCAAUGAUGAAAGCAGAUUCCACAAUUCUGUCCGUGGACCCUAGUACACUCUACCUCCUUGGGAAGCAGUAGUAAUGGACUUUACAAGUCUUUCCACCUGAAGGAGGGGGUGAGAUAGGAGCAAGUGUAAUAUAGACAAAUGUGGGAAGCUCUGGGUUUCUCCCACUACUGCCACUACCAUCUGCAAACAGUAGACUAAGGAGCCUUUUAACUGGGUAAAUACAAGGCCUCGUGUUCAUUAACAUGCUGCGGGAAAGGUGGUGGGAGGGGCAAAGGAGAAUGUGGCAAAACCAAGAAGAGACUCACAGACUAGCACCUGACCCUACUGCCCUUGAUCUGAAGUUCCAAGAGCCAGGUUAAAUAUCCUGCUUAAAUUACCCUGGAUUUUUCUGUCUUUAUAUGACCAAUCCCCUGCUACAGCCUUCCAAAUAAGACUCACAGUUAAUCAGACCAACAAGUGAUGGUUUCACAUGGCUACGAAAUAAAUAUUUUUUGUUUUUCCCCCUCUUCCUAUCUUACAGCAGGGGAAUGGUGGAAAUUAAAGGAGUAAAACACACAGAUUUAGGGGAUUUUGUGAAGCUAAACACCUCAGAGAGUUUAACCUUUGUGGGCUUUGAAGGAAAAGAGUGCAAACAUCAGAAUUCUGCAGUCCAGCAGAGAACACCUCCAGUUAAGUGUGUACCACAUAGGGUUUUUCAGCAGCGUGAUCUUCUGUUUUCACUGUCAGUGGCUCCACCUUACAACCUUAGUGCUGAGGAACAGAAGGGCACUCAGGAGAGCCUGAGCCACCUACUUAGAAAGUAUUUAAUAACAGCACACUAAGCUUACUGGGCUAGAUACCCUCCUCAACAUCCAGCUUGAUAACAGGAGGAAACAGCUGGAACUGGAGGCUGGAGAGAAGGAAGUUCAUACAUUUCCAACUUGGUCUGCAUCUCUUUAGUUCUUUGUAUUGCUUAUUAAUCCAGAGGAGAAAACAGCUAGUUAAUUCAAAAUUCCAAAAAAUCUGAAGUUUUAGCUAAUAGUUCCUUCCCUGGUUCAUCAAUUUAAGAUAAAGACCUAAAAACUGUGUUAAAAUAUAGAACAAAGGAGAUUCUUAUAAGGUUUUUGACCUCUACACUUGAAAGUGAGCUCUUAUGAGAAAUUAAUCAAUGUUUUGUUAUUCCACAUCAGUGGGUUUUACUGUCAAAGAUUGUAUAAGCUAAAUUAUCUGGCAAAAUUUUGCUUUCCAGAAAUACUAUCUAUAGUAUAUUAAUUUUAACAUUUUUAUUGUGAAAUAUAGUUUAAAUACAUAAAGCAAUUAUAUAGUAUAAUAAGUGAUUAUAAAGGAAACCACCAUGUAACCGAUCAACCAGGUCAAGAAAUGGAAUAUUUCCAGCAACUCAGAAGUUCCCCGCCCUGCCCCAUGACCUUCCUGAACACAACUCUUUCCCUCCCUCCUAAAUGUAGCCAUUAUUCUAACAUUUGUGAUAAUCAUUUCCUUGCUUUUCUUUGUCACAAGCAUGCAUCCCUAAACAAUAUAUUGUUUAGUUUCACUCUUUGUUUUGAACUUGAUGUAACUGGAACAAUAUAAUAUGUAAUCUGUUGUUCUUGCUGCUUUUGCUCAACAUUGUUUUUAAUUCAUAUGUUGUUCAGGUUGUUCCUAUAGCUGUAAUUUGUGCAUUUUCAUUGCUGCAUAUUACAGUGUCUCAUUGUAUCAGUAUGUGACAAUAUGUUUAGCCAUUCUGUUGCUGAUAGACAUCUGGGUUGUUUCUAGUUUAGGACUGUUAUAAAUGCUAAUGUGAACAUUCUUCAUAUAUGUAUUCCAUCACAUCUAUGUCAGUUUCUGUAUAGCAUAUGCCUGGGAGUGGUAAGAUGUAUCACAAACUUGAAUAAAUAAUGCCAAGUUCUUUUCUAGAGGGUUACACACUCACA